GAGGGCCGCCUACUCCAUCGGCGUCGUCUAGCGGUCUCUUCCUCGACGCAGCGCUGCGUUUCCGCUUCUUUUUGGUCUUUUUCGUCAGCGACCCCCUAUCACUUCGUCACUUUCUCACCCAUUGCCCCGGAAGAAAACAUACGCCUGCUUCUCGCCCAGCACACCUAACCACUCAUCAGGAUCUCGCUAACAGCCUUCUGGUGAACAUCGAAAAUGUCCCAGCAACAAGAUAUCCAGGAACGCAUCGCCGCCGCCCGUCGCGAGGCUGAAAGUCUCAAGGAGAAGAUUAGGGCAAAGAAGGAAUCAUCGGCAGAUACGAGCUUGCGUGCAAUGGCGGCAGAAGUUGAAGCCCUGCCUCGUAUCGUCAUGCGCCCACGUCGGGCACUGAAGGGCCAUUUGGCAAAGAUUUACGCCAUGCACUGGGCUGCCGAUCGCCGUCACCUUGUCUCGGCUUCGCAGGAUGGCAAGCUUAUCGUGUGGGAUGCGUACACUACUAACAAAGUCCAUGCUAUUCCUUUGAGAUCGAGCUGGGUGAUGACGUGUGCCUACUCCCCGUCGGGCAAUUUUGUCGCUUGUGGUGGCCUGGACAACAUUUGCUCGAUUUACAAUCUGCAGUCAAAAGACGCAGGCCCCAUGAAAGGCGCCCGUGAACUCAGCGCUCACUCUGGGUAUUUGAGCUGCUGCCGUUUCAUCAGCGACCGACAAAUCGUCACGAGUUCUGGUGACAUGACAUGCAUGCUGUGGGACAUCGAAGCUGGUGUUCGUAUCCUUGAAUUUAGUGAUCAUACUGGGGACGUCAUGAGUCUGUCCCUAGGGCCCAGUCAAAAUGUUUUCGUGUCCGGCGCUUGCGAUGCCACUGCAAAGCUGUGGGACAUCCGCAGCGGGAAAGCAACGCAGACUUUCUCCGGACAUGAAUCGGAUAUCAACGCGGUAACUUUCUUCCCGAAUGGUGAUGCAUUUGCGACCGGUUCGGACGAUGCAUCCUGCCGCCUCUUUGACAUUCGGGCGGAUAGGGAACUCAACACUUUCACACACGACAACAUUCUUUGCGGCAUCACCUCUGUCGCUUUCUCAAUUUCUGGUCGUAUCCUAUUCGGUGGUUAUGACGAUUGGACGUGCAAUGUGUGGGACACGCUCAAGGGAGAACGUGUCGGAGUCCUCACUGGCCAUGAAAACCGAGUAAGCUGCUUGGGAGUGAGUAGUGACGGCAUGGCACUUUGCACUGGAAGCUGGGACAGUACACUGAGGGUCUGGGCUUAGUUGAGGACACUGAUUCAAAGCUGGUGCUUUCAUGGCGCGUAUUCCCUGUUGUCGCCUUCGAACUCGUUGCACAUUCCACCACUCUCCUUAACAUACCUUUUGCGUUGCUGUCGUCUGUACCUGAUGUCUAUUAUUUCUCCCUCGUUUCGUUUGCUUCUCUUUUAUUUUUCUGCGGUUUGCUUCGCUUUCAUUAUGUUUCG